GUAAACACACACAACAUUUUCAGAUUCUUAGCUUUCUUCUUCUAUCUGUGGAGGGGACCAGAGAAUCAAUCAAUAUUGGUUCCACUUCUCUUGAAAAGUGAAUAAGUUUGAUCUCUCCAUUUGAGUUGAUUCUGGUGGUUUGUAAACCAACCAUCAUGAUCAGCUCCCAAGAAAAAUGGAUACUUACACUUAUAUCGUUGUGAUCCUCUGCAUCGCUUUGUUUGCAAUCAAUCUAGUGUUUUCUUGUUUCACAUGCUUCUCCAUUCUUCAUAGCUUCAUGACAGAGACAACAGACCAGGAUUUGAUUGAUCUCGGGAGGAAACUUAUCGAACCAGAAGAAGCUAAACCAGAUGAUGAGAAGGUAAUAAUCCUUGCAGUCUCGAGUAACCAAGGAUUCUCAGGCUCUAUCGAUGGUGAUGAUUGUGGCGAAGAUUGCUCUCAUGAUAUUUGUGCUUGUUGAAGAAAAGGUUGGAUUAUGUUUUCCCUACACUGCACACUUCCCCUCAUGUUUUGGAUUUUUGCUUUGAACUUUUGUACUUGUAAAUGGUGAAAUCUAUAGGUUGAAAGUAUCACAUCUUAUGCAUCAAACUCCAGAAAUGUUUUAUUUUCGUGUAUCACGAGAGAAAUAGUCUGAACUUAUGUAUUAUACAUAUUGACCAUGUUUUAGUUUAGUCUGAACAUAUGUAUUAUACAUAUUGACCAUGUUUUAGUUUAGUCUGAACGUAUGUAUUAUACUAUACGUAUAGCUCUGUAAUGAACUUUUAUUCUUGCUUCAAGUUAUUUGAUUUCUUUUUUCUUUAUGCAGCAUUAGUCAAAUGGAUCUGCAGAAAUUUUUGAAUCAAUAUUUGUCUUU